UUGAGGUUAUGUUUACGUUUUUGUUAGGUUUUGUUUGCAUCUAAAAUAAUACUUUUUCAUAAGGUUAUUGCUGAUAAAUGUGCAUCAGAAAUCUCAAUAAUAUCUAAAGACGAAAUACUUUCAUUCACAUUCAAUUUGAAUCUAUUAAGUCUACAGUUUAUUAUAAAAAUGAGUGAUUACCCGGAUCCUGAUGAAGAGUACGAGCUUAUGUACGCCGAUGAUCUUGAAUUACUCAAAGAACAUGAUGACCACAUAGAGCCAAAUGUCGUCAAAAAGAAACCAAUACCGGCUAAAAGGAGCUUAGAUUUCUCUAGUCCUGGUCCCAAAAAUGCUUCAGCAGAGCCUGUAAAUAAAGAUACAACAAAUAGUGAUGCUAUAUCAAAUAGAAAUGCAACUCCUUCAGUCAGCAACACUCAGAUUUCAUUUUCUCAAAGUCUACAACCAAUGGAAGAGUUGCUGACUCCUGUUACCAGCAAUAAGCGAACUGCUGAAGACCUUUUCGGCGAUAUUGGUGAUAUAGACUUUGAUAAUGUGGAAAUGCCAACCAAGAAACAAAAAACUGAGGAAGAAAAUGAUUUGGAACUGAUUGACAAAAUAUUGGAAAGCAGACGACUUAGGCAGUUGCUUUUAGAACCUUCCAGAGCUCAGGCAGAAACUAAACCUGUGUUUAAUACUAAAGAAAAUCUGUCAUUGGAUAUCCCAAGAUGGCCAUUCAUGGCGCUUACAAACUCAGAUGGAGACAGAAUCUACGUCAGAUUGGAGUCCGAGACAUCCUGGGAUCAGUCAUUGGACUCUACAGAAGAUCAGCUCUCGUUACAAUCUAUGUAUGCCAAGACAUGGGAUGAAGCAAGGAAAAUUUUAGAAAAGAAGCAAGAGGCUGAAAUCCUCAGACAAUCGCAGGAGCCCCUUCCAGACAUCUCUACAGAUAUCAACGGCAACAAUUUGUGGGUGGACAAGUAUCGGCCGCAUUCAUACAUCGAUUUACUAAGCGAAGAGCCUGUCAACAGGGCAUUGCUGCAUUGGCUGCACUUGUGGGAUAAAAUAGUGUUCAAGAAAGAAGUGAAGACCACAGAGCCACAGCAACGGAACAGUUUCAGCAAGCGUACCGGCCAGUUCCAACUCAGCAACAAGUGGAAAGGCAAGAAGGAGGCCGGGCCGGAGAUGGACGAGGAUGGAAGACCUCAUCACAAGGUGGCGCUGCUGUGCGGACCACCAGGUGUUGGGAAGACUACUUUAGCACAUCUAUUAGCUCGGCUUGCAGGGUAUAGACCAGUGGAACUGAACGCAUCCGACGAACGUAGCACGGACGCGUUUCGCAACGCACUUCAGAGCGCUACUUUGAUGCGUUCCGUUAUCGACGCAGAGAAGAGGCCCAACUGUCUUAUAUUAGAUGAAAUCGACGGAGCGCCGCUGCCGACGGUAGAACUGCUAGUCAAAUGGUGUACCGCGGCUGCUUCUGAAGGCAAGAAGAAGGCGAAAGUCCAACCUCUCAAGAGGCCCGUCAUUGCUAUCUGUAAUGACUUAUACGCCACCUCGUUGAGGCCUUUGAGGCAAGUGGCCCUAAUAAUCCAAGUGGGCGGCGUGUCCCUUCAACGCAUCUCGAGUCGAUUAGCACGUGUGUGUUCGCGCGAGGGCCUCAGCGCGCCACCGCACGUGCUGGCGGCGUUGGCGGCUCGCGUGCACGGCGACGUGCGAGCAGCCAUACACGCGCUCAGCUUUAUUAAGGCGAGGGCGGAGCAGGGCCUCAGCGCGCCGCCGCACGUGCUGGCGGCGUUGGCUGCGCGCGUGCACGGCGACGUGCGCGCAGCCAUACACGCGCUCAGCUUCAUUAAGGCGAGGGCGGAGCAGCGAGAGCUAAAGCGCAGGGGUUGCUUCAUUAUUAGAUUAGCGCGCGUGUGCUCGCGCGAGGGCCUCAGCGCGCCGCCGCACGUGCUGGCGGCAUUGGCGGCGCGCGUGCACGGCGACGUGCGCGCAGCCAUACACGCGCUCAGCUUUAUUAAGGCGAGGGCGGACCAGCGAGAGCUAAAGCGCAGGGGUUGCUUCAUUAUUAGAUUAGCGCGCGUGUGCUCGCGCGAGGGCCUCAGCGCGCCACCGCACGUGCUAGCGGCGUUAGCGGCACGCGUGCACGGCGACGUGCGCGCAGCCAUACACGCGCUCAGCUUUAUUAAGGCGAGGGCGGACCAGCGAGAGCUAAAGCGCAGGGGUUGCUUCAUUAUUAGAUUAGCGCGCGUGUGCUCGCGCGAGGGCCUCAGCGCGCCACCGCACGUGCUGGCGGCGCUAGCGGCUCGCGUGCACGGCGACGUGCGCGCAGCCUUACACGCGCUCAGCUUUAUUAAGGCGAGGGCGGACCAGGUCAGUGGGAAUAGGACGCUUCUACCCGCUCAUACGCCGCCGCACGUGCUGGCGGCGUUGGCGGCUCGCGUGCACGGCGACGUGCGCGCAGCCAUACACGCGCUCAGCUUUAUUAAGGCGAGGGCGGAGCAGGUAAGCAUGGAGGAUGUGGAAAACACGUCAGUGGGCUCUAAAGACUGCAGCAAGAGCAUGAUGCAAGCAUUGACUGCGGUGUUCACCACCAAUGAUAAGGACCCAAAUGCUAUUGCGAAGACCGUUCAAGCCGCAGGGGAAUAUGAUAGAUUAGUCGACGGAAUAUUCGAGAACUACCUCCAAGCCCGCGUGGACGCUCGCUUACUACUCGCGUGCGAGACGCUAUCCUGGCUGCGAUUGUACGACGCCGUGCAUUCGUGGACGCUCCGUCACCAGAACUACUCGCUGUAUGGGCUGUUGCCGCAGUGUAUCGUGCGGUGCCACAGGAUACUCGCCUCUAGGAACCCGCAGCGAGUCAAGUUCCCUAUGCAAGCGCAGGAGGCACACCGUAAGAAGACUGAGUUGGACAGCAUCGUGUGGUCGGUAUGGCGCUAUAGCGCGCCGAAUGUAGCGCUGACGAGGCGCGCGCUACAGCUCGACGUCAUACCGCUACUGCCGUAUUUGUUAGCGCCUACUGCCAACAUACAGCUGUACAGGGAGACGGAACGCAAAGCGCUACGCACGUGUGCCUCAGCGAUGUGCGACUACGCGCUACAAUACGUGCAGCAACGCACGCCAGAAGGCCUGUACGCUUUUACGCUGGAACCAGAUGUCAACAAGGUGGCUCUCUUCGGUAAUCACGAGAGACUGAGACCACCACCGGCAGUGCGGCAAGCCAUAGCGAGAGAACAGCAGUUGGAAAUGAUAAAGCGCAGUGAAGAAAUGGCGCAAAGAGUCAGCAACACAAACAAGGAAGAGACCAAACGCAAGUCCACAGAAAGCAAGGAGGGUACCAGCAAAGAUGGCGCCACCAGCAAGGAAGUCAAAGAAAGCCGCCUGCCGAACCAUUUGCAGCGGUUGAAGCCUAAGGAGAUCGAGAAAACUACGCCACAGGUCCACAAAGACUUCUUCGGGCGAAUUGUGCCGUUGUCUCAAAUACAGCGAUCAGACGCUGUCCCCGACGUGAUAUCCUCAAGCAGAGUGUUCUACCAGUACCGGGAGGGAUUCAACAAUGCUGUGCGUCGCAACGUACGAACACGAGACUUACUCUAACAUAAACUCAUGUAGAAUAAGAAUAGCUUAUGUAUUCUAAAGCUCGUAUUCUGAUGAAAACUAUAAUCGAAAUCAAGCAUACAACAUUGGAUAGUUGACGCCAUAACCCAUGUAAACACCCAUUAAUGUUAAAAGUAAUGUUUUACUGUACCUGUGUUUGUUCAACAAAAGUUUUCAGUGGAAUUGUAAAAC